CAGGGUUGCCACUGCCAGGUCGGAGCAGGACUGCUGGCAGCCUGCCUGCACUUGCCUUUUUUUUUUCCCCCUUCACUGUCUGCUUGCUCAGGUUGAUGGGGUGAUGAUGUCAGCGCAGUUACGUGCAUUAUCUGCUUCCUUCAAGGCCACAAUAUUUGAGCAGGAUGAGUAAAGAUUUAUCACCCGGUCAGGGGAUCCCUGCUGGCACUCCCUGCCCAGCACGGUGGGAGCACCCAUGGGUCCCCUGGUAUGGCGGUGCCAAAGCAACAAGCAUCACAGCAUGGUGAAAAGGUUGCACUUUGCACAACAAUGCAAAGGUGCCUGGUGCUUGCCAAACCCCAGUUAAACGUGAGCACUGAUAAGACGCUCCAGAAAUAAACUAAACCCUGACCCGCCGGCACCUACAGGGGGGAAUGGCAAAGCCAAGGGAUUUCCAGGUCCCCAAGGGGUUCAGUGGGUCCAAAUGAGCAUGGUGGCCAUGCCUGCCGGUGCCCACAGCCCAAACCCAAGGGGAUGGCCGUGGCAGGCGGCGUCUCUCCCCCUCCCACCCUUGCCUGUAACCCGGCGCCAUCUCUGCAAACAAAGGGGAGGGUGUGGGACGCAGGUGGCAGGUGACGGGUGACGGAGGAGUGGAGAGGAGCGUCCAGCAGCGAAACCCCACCCCGGGCGGGCGCUUGAGCUGGCCCCGCCAGCCCUUAUAAGCGCAGGUGCACCCAGGUGUAAGCUGAUCCCCCAAGGGCCGCAAGCGGUGACUGGUGACGGCAACGGUUUCGGUCCGUAGGUUCCUCUCCACCAUCGCCUGGAGUGAGGCAGCAAACCAGCCACCAUGUCGAUGGGGUUGGAGAUCGGCGGGGUGGCCUUGUCGGUGCUGGGUUGGUUGUGCAGCAUCAUCUGUUGCGCAUUGCCCAUGUGGAGGGUGACGGCCUUCAUCGGCAACAACAUCGUGACAGCCCAGAUCAUCUGGGAAGGGCUCUGGAUGAACUGCGUGGUGCAGAGCACGGGGCAGAUGCAGUGCAAGGUCUACGACUCCAUGCUGGCCCUGCCGCAGGACCUGCAAGCUGCCCGCGCCCUCCUGGUGGUGGCCAUCGUCUUGGCUGUCCUGGGUUUACUGGUGGCCAUCGUGGGUGCCCAGUGCACCCGCUGCGUGGAGGAUGAGAGCACCAAAGCCAAGAUCACCAUUGUUUCCGGCGUCAUCUUCCUCCUCUCCGGCGUCAUGACCCUCAUCCCCGUCUCCUGGUCAGCCAACACCAUCAUCCGGGAUUUCUACAACCCGCUGGUGCUCGAUGCGCAGAAGCGGGAGCUGGGCACCUCACUCUACGUGGGCUGGGCAGCCUCUGCCCUCCUGCUGCUGGGGGGGUCCUUGCUCUGCUGCUCCUGCCCCCCCAAAGACGACAGGUACCCGACCGGCAAGGUGGCCUACUCUGCUCCGCGUUCUGCCGUCACCAGCUACGACAAGAGGAACUAUGUCUGAGCCCCCCGCGAGAUCCCCGGGACCCCUCGACAUCCCAUCCCCUACACCCCCCCCACUCCUGGGACCCCCAUCACCCCCGGUGGGGACUGAGGACGGCAGCAGGAGGGCGGGGGGGGCGCGAAGGAGGGGACGGGGACGGCUGCGGGGUCAGGGCCAGGCUGUGUAAAUAGAGACAGUUUCGGUUAAACAAGAGGCGGUUUCGGGUCGGCGGGAGAAGCGGCGCCCGGUGUGCCCCUGCCCACACCGGUGGGACGGGAUGGGGACAAGGAUAAGGACAGUGCCCCCGCCCCGGGGUGUGUGUGUGUGUCCCCCACCGGCGGGGCACCGUCUGUCCCUGUUACGCGUGGUCUGUACCGGUUACAUUUGUCAAUAAACGUGUCCUGUUUUGGUA